AUGAAAAGACACGUGGGAAGAUGGCGCUUGUAUCUGCGAGCAGGGUGUUGCGGAGACAGCAAGCAGCCCUAGGCUGUGUUUCAUGGUCAGUGUGGGUCCACAGACAGGAGCUGGAUGGCCAGCACCGUUUCCAGCAUACUUUUCCCUCCAACUACAUCCCAAGGCGGGCCGUCCUGUACGUUCCUGGAAAUGAUGAAAGAAAACUGCGCAAGCUGGCCUCUUUAAACGUGGACUGCGCGGUGCUCGACUGUGAAGACGGUGUGGCGCUGAGCAAAAAGGCAGAAGCAAGAACCACAAUCCCGAAAAUGCUGGAGGCGCUGAAUCUGGGCCGCACAGAAAAAUGUGUUCGGGUCAACUCUGUGUCCAGCGGUCUUGCAGAACUGGACCUGGAGGCAGUGCUGCAGUCAAAGGUAUUGCCUCCAGCUCUGAUGCUUCCCAAGGUUGAGAACACUGAAGAGGUCAAAUGGUUUGCAGAGAAAUGCGCACACUUUUUGAAAGGAAGGACCCUGACAGAACCCUUGAGGUUAAUCACAUUUGUAGAAACUGCAAUGGGAUUGCUCAAUUUUAAGACUGUUUGUGAAGAAAUUCAACAGCUUGGACCACAAACUGGCCUUCGUCAUGAUGGGGUUGUGUUUGGAUCUGAUGAUUUCUGUGCCAGCAUAGGUGCAUCAAGAACCAAAGAAGCUCAUGAGCUGCUGUAUGCUAGACAAAAAGUUGUUGUCAUAGCUAAAGCCUUUGGCCUCCAAGCCAUAGACCUUGUUUACAUCGACUACCAGGAUGAGGAGGGUCUUCGCAGGCAGUCAAGGGAGGGCGCCCUCAUGGGUUUUACAGGUAAACAGGUUAUUCAUCCCAACCAAAUCAAGAUUGUUCAAGAAGAAUAUUUCCCAAGCCCAGAGAAGGUGAAAUGGGCACAAGAUCUGAUCUCUGCUUUUGAUGAACAUCAGAAAUUAGGAAAGGGUGCUUUCAGUUUUCAUGGAAGUAUGAUCGACAUGCCUUCACUAAAGCAGGCGCAAAACAUUGUUACCCUCGCCGCAGCAAUCCAAGACAAAUGAUCUGGCAGAAGAUCAUCCAAAAUAUACUGUAAACUCCAAUAUAUUUGCAUAGGUAAAAUGAAUAAAAGUUUUAAAAAGAGAUUGUUUUGAAAAACAAAAUGCUUCAGUGGAUUUGUACUAAUCAAGUUCUGAAAAGAAAGCCCAUUGCUUCUGUGUGUGUAUCAAUGUUGCAGUUCCAGUAAUCUGGACCUUUUAUCACACAUGGAAUCGCAAAAGAAGUAAACGCAGGGUUUUAAUUGUAAUUUUAGUUUUUACAUAUAAAUGAGCAGCCUAACGUUUUUCCCCCAGACCCUCUGUUUAAGAGUAUGCAUCUCGCCACUGGUAGGUCAGAUGUGUGGGUCCACAGUUCCAGAGGUCCAGUCAGCUUGGAGUAAGGGUAAAUAAACAUACAGCCAGCCGUUGUUCUGCUGUUCAGCUGGUGCUCCUACACCAAAGGGCUAAAGGGUUUUUGAGCUGCGCUGGAUCAAAGUUGUGGUUGCCAGAGAACUUCAAUGAGUUUUCUUAAACCAACAAUCUGAGAUUUUGUUUCAGCCCCUCGGUAAAUCACAGCCCUUUGUGUGCUUACUAUGGGCCACUGUUCUUGGUGAAAUGGGAAUGAAUACUUUUAAACUGGGCAUCAACCCUCCCAUGACCUGCACAGCAGCAAUGCUACUACACUUACACAAACACCACAGGGAAGGCUGUUUUGGUUAUUUUCAGUAUGUAAAUAUACAGCAAUUCACAAAGUUUUUUUUUUUUUUUUUGGUUUGUUUUAUGCCCUGUUGCCCGCCUUUUGAAUAUGUUAAAAAGGAUAUACAUAUAUGCUCCUGUAAAAUAUCAUCAAGUAUUGCAUUGCAUCACAGUCAAGUUACAUUUCCAGUUACUGUUGUAAGAAAUGUAAAUGAGUUACCAUUCAAAUAUAAAACCAGAGCUAACAACAUCAAGGACAUCAACUUGCUGUUGAACAAAUAACGCCUUGUUUGAAGGUUUGAUAAUAAAGUGAUAUUUUUAUGA